AUGAAUAUUUCAUAUCACCGAUUCGACGUCCCUGCUAGCCGCGUUGAUUACGUCGUCAGGCUGCCCGCCCAGCCCAUGAGAAACACACAAGACGAUGAACCUAUCGACCUGUUGGACUCAAACAGAAUGCCAAUAUUGAACUGGACCGCCAACCAGCUCGUGCCCAUAGCCUUUAGCAUUGAAACUAAGCGUUACGGUAGUGAUGUGCUGAAGGGCGAGCAACAGCUUGGGAUCUGGAACGCUGCACAAUGGGAGUACCUCCUAUCCAAGGCCGGCGUUGAUGCUGCAAACGAGCUGGAUUUCAUCCCCGGACUUGUCGUACACGGAGAAACGUGGUCUCUUGUUAUCACAACAAGACAACAUUCCAAGACGACUCUCUUCCCCGGGAUCCCAUUUGGCCAUACUCAGUCACCCAUCGGUGUAUUCCAAGUCAUCGCUGGCUUGAGACGACUGCGUCGGUGGGUAUUGGAUGUGAUGUGGCCUUGGUAUAAGCAGUAUUUGCCUGGUCUUCAACUAACGGGUAGUAUGAAGCAGCAGAAGAAUAUCAUCAUGGCUGGAGGAAGCCAAAUAGUUCAGAGUGAGGAGCAGCAGGUCGCUGGGGAGUUGACAGGCAUGGCAACCUGA